AUGGAGGGUCCUCACCAUAUCGCUAUCAGAGAGCUCGAUCUGAGGACCUGCCACCCAAGCACCAUGGCAGACCGAGUCGGUGCUGUCCCCGUGCUCAAGACGAGUGCUGCCUUCUUCACAUUCCUCCGCGCCAAUCUUGUCCUUCACUCGGCCAUGACCUCGGCGACCAACUCUCCACAACUCGGUCCUUCAGUCCCGUUCUCCUCCUAUGUCCCGCCAUCGCCCUCUCCGCUUGCCGCCCACGGUCCAUUCUGCGGCUUCGAUGACGACGAUGACAUUGAACCACUUUCCCUCGAGGUUCUCGACAAGCCUCAGGACAAGAUCGAGGGUCUUCGCCUGGUGGCCGACUCCAUUGCCCAGAUGCGUCAGCGAGCCUCGUUGAACCUCGUCUUUCACCCACUAUGCCUCGCCGGUCUGUCUACUACCCUCGCUGCCAUUUACCACCUCGGGGGCGUCUCUCGUCUCGACCCCGGCCUUAGUAUGACUAUCUCCUGCGGUGUCAUCAUGAGUUACCUCAUGGGGAUCCGAUACCUAGCAAGUGGAUACAUCUCCCUGGCUGAACGACUGCGCUGGAACUGGCUGCGGGCCGACGAUGGUGAGGAGGAUACCCUGCUUGCUGCUCGCAUCAACGAUGACAUCGUCGGAACGCUCGUCCUGCGUCUCGAACCAAACCCGACCUCUGGCCACAGACGCAGACGAUCUCUCUCGCUCCGUGGUGGAAAGGGUGUCAUCCGCGCGUGGACUACCAACCUCCACUACCGUGGAAAGGGUGUUGGCAAGGAUCUCCUCCAUGAGGCCGUUCGCAUGACCAAGGAGCGUUGCGGCAAGGACGCCGAGAUCGGCUUCGCCCAGGAGCACGCCAACAGUGCCAUGCUUCUCCCCGGUAUCUUCAACGCGCCCUUCCGUAGGGACGAGGUGCGGGCCACCAAGGCUCUGGACGGAGUUCUGGCCGACUGGGACAUGUUCAAGAGAAGGAGGUAA